AUCUCAUCAGAGGGGAGCAAGCAUCACUUUCUACCUGGAAAUCAACAUGGCCCUUCUCAAUCGCCCAACGGACAGCACAAAUUAUCGCCCUUAGUUCUGCUUCUUCACUUGAGUUGGCCUGCAAAGGAAAAUUUAUUCCUCAAAUCAUCUUCCCACCCUUAUUACGAAGCAUUGCACCUCCUGUUGCAAUACCAGGAAGAAAGGCCUCUCUUGAUUCAUUAUAGGCAGAGGCAAGUGUAAAAGUCCCCUCUUUGCCAGGAUCCCAUACUAUAUGCCCAGAUUCAUUAAUAGAACACAAUUCUAUAGCUUGCUGAUCAAUGUUGCAGAUUCUUCUCCAAAUUAGAGGAAGCGGUCCAGCUCAGUUGGUCGCCGACUCACUCUCCGUUAUGAGAGGUCUCGGGUUCGAAACUCAAUGGGAGUUAGGGUUUCGUUUUUGAACUCACCAGCGUCUCCUCUGUGUGAUCAUCAGCCGCUCCACGUCUCAUCCCUUCCACCCUCCCGCACCCGUCUUCCUCUUUCCGGUCGGUGUUGUACGACAAAUGUCUUUUGAUUUCCGUGGGAAGAAGCAUCAAUUCUUUGUUCGGGGUGCAUUCUUUUUCAUGAACCAAGGAAAGUUGUGGUGUGCUUUGAAGAUUUUAUUUCGACAUUGGACUUGACAUUUGCUGUUUGAAUUGUCCGUGGGAGGUUUCUAGACAAUACCGUUGUCAGUUGGUAUUUGCUUUUCUGAGGGUCAGAGGGUGGGUGGGGGUGGGUGGAAUUCAGUUUUACAAUACUGCAAUCUUCUACCGCCUUCACUCAAUGGCAAGCUCAACCCUUGCUCCAGGGUUUCGCUUUCAUCCAACGGAUGUAGAGCUGAUAAUGUACUAUCUAAAAGGGAAGGUGACCGGAAGAAAAUUUCCUGCUGAAGCGAAGCGUGCUAUAACAGAACUCAAUAUUUGUCAUUACUCCCCAUGGGAUCUUCCAGAUAAAUCUACAUUAAAAAGUAAGGACCGGGAGUGGUAUUUCUAUUGCCAAAGAGAGAAGAAGUAUGCAAUUGGGUCACGAACAAAGCGCGCAACAGACACUGGUUACUGGAAAGCAACAGGAAAUGAUAGAAUUGUUAAAUAUGAAGGAAGAACUGUUGGGAUGAUUAAAACUUUGGUGUUUUACCAGGGCCAUCCACCCAAAGGUAAAAGAACUGAUUGGGUUAUACAUGAGUACCGAAUGGAGGACCCGAAUUUGGUAGAUUCAGGAAUUGUGCAGGACACAUAUGUCAUAUGCAAAGUUUUUGAGAAGCCAGGAUCUGGCCCAAAGAAUGGCUCACAAUAUGGAGUUUUUAAGGAGGAAGAUUGGGAAGACAAGGAAGCAUGUGGUAAGACAGAUUUUUCUGGUGCAUCUCCUGCAAUUGAUGCUCAUACUGAUUGCCAAAGCAGCCCUGUUGUGACUAGUGCAUACGAGCUAGACUGUACUUCAAAAUUUAGCGCGGUCGAACCAACUCUACCAUAUGCUGAAAAUGGCUUAUCACUGGCUGAACUUACUACCAAUGAAGUGCAACAUCACAAUGCUUUUCCAGAAGAUACUGGCUUGGUACCUACUGCGAUCAACAGUAACGAGGAUUUUAGUAGUAUGGGGCAAGCAAGAGGUGCUGGGAUAGAACAAUGCAAUGUGAGAGAAGAACUGUGUGAUGGAUACGGGAAGUUUGAUGACUUGUUUGCAGGAUUGGAUGAGAGCAUAAUGAAUAUCUCUGGAAGUUGGGCAGCGGCAGCACCUGUUGAGCGUCCUGCAAACACCGCAAUGCCUCUGCAGGAUGGUACUGCGGGUGGGCUGGAUCUCUCUGAUAUUCCUUUUGAUACGUGUAAUAGCCUAUCAGGAGGUUUGGAUGGCUGUGAAGAAGAGAGCAUUUGUUUCCCUGGAUUUUGGGCCCCUGCUGGUGGUGGGCAUCCUCAUAAUAAUAUUCAAGCACCGGAGGGCACCAGUAAUCAUAAUCUUGCACAUCCUGAUACCCACUUGAUGAAUGCUAAUUAUAUGGAGCUAGAUGAUCUGAUGAAACCAUUGUUCAUGUCACAAAAUUAUGAUGAUACUACUCACAGUGAAAUGCUCACAGAUUAUUUUCCGUCAUACAACUCUUUCAUUGACGAAAGCAACUUUCCUGGCUGCAGUUUUCCUCCAUAUAGCUUCAGCCCAAAACAGUGAUCUCCCUAAAGAGGAAUAUACAUCUAAAAGGCGCAAGUUAACUGAGUUUUAGACUGCUGAGAAGGCCUUAAAAUGCAGCUCACUGCUCAUACCCUCUCAAAUUUUCUGGAUGUGUAGAACCAAGGCACAUUAAGCCAGUUGUGUUAUUCAUCUCUAUAGCGCACUGCACAUCCACAUCUGUUUUCUUUACUCUCCGAUGAUGGAAACAAUUGAUUUUUGAUGGUGGAUGUGCUAAAUUUGUUCAUUUAUUCAUCUACUAUUAUUGACAAGUUUGACGAUGUAUUGGAUGAUGAAGUUGAUUUCUAGUGCAUAAUUAUCGACUUUUCUGCUGUGUUUAUAAUAGCUCA